UCCAAUAUGGCGGCCUCCUCCCUUUGUUCCACCAAAUUAAUCUACUGAAAACUUCGGACAAAAACAAUCCUAAAAUGGCCAGAAAUGGUACAAAUCCCAGCAGAGAUAAAAAAUUAAUUUAUGUGAGGGCUCGCUGCUGAUCAUCUCGAACAUGUCGAAAACUCUGGACGAGCGAUCACGGAAAUUUAUUGAUGCAGUCCAAUCUGACCUUAGAGCUUUGUCGAACGAGACUAGGCGAAAAUUUCAACCGGUUAAAGAGGCGGCAGAAGCUGGAAUCUUACGCCUCAGAACUAUUGGUGCUGCUAAGGUGAAGAAUUUGAAAAUCACAAAAGUGAUUGCUGAAGAAACUGAGAUAGUCCAACCUUUCUUACUUGGCUGUGAUACCAAGAGUCUCCGAGUGGUACAAAUUUCUCUGACAGCUCUUCAGCGGCUUAUAACCAAUGAUGCUUUAUCAGAGGCCAUGGUCUUGUGCUUCAAGUUGUACUUCAUUAAAGAUGCAACAAUCUGUACAACAGCAGCAGCAACUGUGAGGCAGAUGGUGUCAGUGAUAUUUGAAAGAGUUAUUACUGAGGAUAAACAAGGCCUGGCUUCUCAGGAUGUAGAAGAAACAGCAGGUUCAGUGCGACACAAGAACUGUCCAGUCAGUCUGCACCCAUGUGGAAGGGAUGCUUAUCUUCUAUUUCAGGACUUAUGCCAACUGACAAAUGGUGAACAACCUUACUGGUUGAAUGGUAUCAAUGAGAUGACAAGAACAUUUGGAUUAGAGCUGCUUGAAAGUGUGCUCAGAGGUUACCCGAAUAUAUUUCUCAAGCAUCCAGAGUUCAGCUUCCUUCUGAAGGAAAGGGUAUGCCCUCUAAUUAUCAAGUUGUUCUCUCCAAGCAUCAAACAUCGCAUAAGCUCCACUCCGUUAGAAAAGCCUCUUUAUCCAGUGGCCGUUAGACUUCUGAGAAUUGUUUCUGUCCUGAUCGAGAAAUUUUACACUCUUCUGGUAACAGAAUGCGAGAUAUUUCUUUCUCUAUUGGUGAAGUUCUUGGAGCCAGACAAACCUCAGUGGCAAAGAGCAUUGGCUCUUGAAGUUCUUCAUACCCUUACCAUCCAGCCAGCCUUGCUGAGGUCAUUUUGUCUUUUCUACGACAUGCAAGAGCAUUCUACAAGAAUCUUCCAUGAUAUGGUGAAUGCUCUGACAAGUUUUACUCAGGGAAUAUUCACCAACCUGUCAAUGCACAGCUCGUCACAGAACACAGCUCACCUGCCGAGUGCAAACACGAUCCAAACACCCUCCAGUGCCCCUCCCCCAUCAGUUGUGGCGUUGAGUGCAAUGGGCGGGGUCACCCCGCAACCUGGAUUCUCCUAUAGGGGUGCAUGGAUACCCCUGUCUGUUUUGCCCGUUUUAGGACAAGCGAAACCUGUUUACCUUGAACAGUUAGAAAAAGAAAAUUCAUCGAUCUCCGACGGCUACACACUCUCCAUUGCGUUUGCUUGUUUGCUGGAGAUCGUCAAAAGUCUUGAUGUGCUUGUACAAGAAAACAAUGGUGUGUCAAGUGCUGCCGAAGGGAUGGGGUGGAUUGAGCCUGAUGUAUCAGGAGCAGCCAUUGAAACCGGAGUGGGAACUGACACCAUCAAUGAGAAUGAUAAAGGAUCAAAGGCACCAGAUUUAUUUCAGGAGAUGGUGUCGGCCUCGUGGUGUGGUAUUUUGGCGUCACUUUCUUUACUGUUGGAAGCAAGCAAUGAUGAAACAGUCACGGAAUCCAUUCUAAAAUCCUACCAGCUUUACGCCAACGUCUGUGGUAUAUUGAAUCUUACAACUCCAAGAGAUGCUUUUAUCACAUCACUUUGCAAGGCAGCACUGCCCCCACACUACACCCUGACAGUAGUCAAUCCCCACUCUGGUACCGCACAGGUUUCUUAUGUCAAAAUGCCAAUUAGUGGUACUCAGGCUCUCUUGGAUCCUCAAGGAGGAGAUCACCGGGCUCUGGGUAAAUCACCGACCAACUCAGGGGAGACUGGUUUUGGUGCUGUGGUCACAGGGACCCCACUUGGCUCUAGUCAUGGUCCAGUGUCGUUGACAGCGAAGAACAUCCAAUGUAUGCGAUCGUUACUGAGCCUUGCUCACUGCCAUGGUGGAAUUCUGGGUACAGCGUGGCACAUGGUUCUUACCACGCUUCAGCAUCUUACCUGGAUUUUGGGUCUCAAGCCAUCAACUGGAGGAACACUCAAAGCCAUGCCAGCGAGCGAGGCCCCUAAUCUGGUUAUAACACAAACAAUGAUGGCUGAACUUCCAGUCUUGGCUGCAAUCUUAUCAAGACUCUUUGAAACAUCUAAAUACCUGGAUGACGUAGCCCUCCAUCAUCUUGUAGACGCACUUUGUAGAUUGUCGUCUACAUCCAUGGAACAAGCUCAAAGCAAUAAGGAACCAUCUCUCUUCGCCGUUGCUAAGUUAUUAGAAACAGGCCUAAAUAACCUUCACCGCGCACGCGUUUUGUGGAAACCGCUGACCGCACAUCUGUUGGAGGUUUGCCAACAUCCUCACACUAAAAUGAGAGAAUGGGGCGCCGAGGCGGUGACGUCAUUGGUUCGCUCAGCUCUGACGCAUGACCACGAUCCACCAUUGAAACAAGACUUGCAAUUACAGUCCAUGCUUUUGGGUCCACUCCAAGAAAUGUCCACUAUAAGUUUCUCUGAUAUUCGCUAUAAACAAUUGGAAUGUGUUCUUCAGAUUCUUCACUCCACUGGUCAAAAUCUUGGUCAGGGUUGGUUAUGUGUGUUGGGAGUUAUCGGAGCGGCUACUAACCAACAAGGGGAAGGUCUUAUUCGCGUGGCAUUCCAAAGCCUGCAGCUCGUGGUGACCGAUUUCCUUCCCUUGAUGCCUUGCACGUGCAUCAAGGUGGUAGUAGAUGUGGCAGGAAAAUUUGGCCUCCAGCCUCAGGAGCUGAACAUUAGCUUGACAGCCAUUGGUCUGUUGUGGAAUAUCUCCGAUUUUCUCUCACAACACCGAGAAAAAAUUCGCACAGAGUUGCAAGACAUUGAAACGACCUUAAAUGACAGUGCUAAGUACGACAAACCCGUCCCCCCCUCAGACAGGCAGUGGAUGUGUUUGUAUUCCAAACUUGGUGAGUUGUGUGUCGACCCACGGCCAGCCGUCAGAAAAAGCGCAGGACAAACGCUGUUCUCCACCAUUAGUGCGCAUGGCUCGUUGCUGGAAAAUAUCACGUGGUACACAGCUCUGUGGAGGGUGUUGUUUCCUUUGCUUGAACAAGUGAAAACCAUGUCUACUUCAGCAGCUGAUGUUCCUCCUCCGAGCGAUGCAGUAAACUCAAAGAAUAAAAUCCUCAUUCACCAUUCACGUGAUACCGCUGAAAAACAGUGGGCGGAAACUCGUGUUCUGACACUCAGUGGCGUGGCGCGUGUGUUUAACAACCGGCGCCAAAUUUUAGCGGGCCUUGAUGAGUUCCCGCGCGCAUGGGCGCUUUUGUUGGAGUUUAUUGAGUCUGCGGCUUUGAGCAAGUCCGCUGAAGUUGCACUGGCGGCUCUCAAGAGUUUUCAGGACAUCGUUCAAGAUUCGUCAGAAAGUCAAGAGGGUGCUGGCGCAAAUUCCUCAAACACAGGAGACAACGGGAAUGACAAAAGAGUAGCAAAGGGAGCUGCUAAACUUAAAGUUAAACCUAAGUUUUGUGAGGCAGCAGACGAGGAUUUAAAUCUAUGGACGAACGCGUGGCGUGCUUGGUACAACAUCGGCAUAACAAGCAUGUCUGAGGCACAUAUCGUCAGAACUCGCAGGGACUCUUCUGGAAAAAUCACUACAGCUAGAACUUACCCUGCGCAAGCUUUCCUGGCAGCUUUAGUUCAGAUUUUUCCUUCGCUAUUUAUGAGAAUAUAUAGCCGUUUUGGCCUGGCUGAUCUACAGAAGCUUGCGCGAAUUCUACAGACCUCUGUAACUAUUCCUGUACAUAUAGAUCAGUCGCCGUUUUUAGUUCCUUCAUUUCAGGAUACUGUGUUAACAGCGUUACAACACGCUAUUCUGGAUGCUAUUGAAAUUUUGCGCGAGCCUCUGCCUCAUUCUUCCAACUCGGUUCUCCACGAUUCAAAACAACCAAUGUAUCCGACACUUUUUACACUGUUGCUGCAGUUUUUUGAUUAUGCGACAGAACCUCCAAAAGUUGACGAUUCGUCUAAUGCAGAGGCUUCGAGAAGGAAGAAAAAGGAAUGGAUUAUUCUAUCGUUGACUCCGUUCUCGGAGAAAUGCAUGGAAAUGGUUGUGGUACUCUACGGGGAAUGUUUAUCUGAGCCAGCUGUUAUAGAGGAAAAAGUGUUGGAGAAAAUCAUCAAGUCUUUGCGCAAUCCUCUUCGUCUCAAGUACAGCUGCUCGUCACAGUCCACCUGGAAGCUAGCCGUAGAUUCAUUGAUGACUGUCAUUCGUAAAGGACUCAAUGUGGCUCUCGCACGACCAGGUACCGUGACUUAAAUUGACUUAAAUGACUGUUUACUUCAUGAAGCU